AGGAAAAUUUUGUGGCGCCUCUCGCAUUACCCUGAAUACAAUGCUAGUUCUCAGUUUGUUCAAUUUGCUAUAGCCAUUAGAAGAUUAUCAUUAUCGUUAUCCCUCAUUUUUUCUAGACUUAUGCCUUGUAGGUAGACAGGAAAAAAAAACCGCUGAAAAAGUAGAGUCUAUGUAUAAGCCUGAGCAAUCGGAAUCGCCGCCGAUGAAAGAAGUAUGCAUCAUGUCGAGAAAUCGAGUUAGGUCGUAGGCGUUAUUUGUAGUUACGGCGCGACGGCAAUAGAAGUCACAAGAAUGACUGGCCCUUCUAGAGGCCGCUGGAAAUAUAAUUAGAUGGGCAGAGAUCCAGGUUCUGUGUCUCACCCUCCAGCACGCAUUUGAAUUACUGGACCCACCACGCAUUCUGUCGAAGUUUAAUGCAUUAUCGUAGGAAGAACUCUUUUAUCAGUACAGUUUUUUACGACAUAUUUUAAGAGACGAAGCUAUAUCAUGUUUCUUACGCAUUUUUCCACGCUGUACAACCUCUGAAGAAGUAUUUUUAUGAUCGACGACAUAUGAAAAACUUAUUGUAUACUGCACGAGGACCCUAUUUACUUGACUAAGCGCCACUGCAACUACUCUGUGUUGUCCGCCGCACUGUAUAUCUCCUAUUAAUUUGCUGUUGCACCAGAUCAUUUAAAAAUGGGAGAAGGCGAUCAAAAAGGCCAGAAGCCGGGCGCUUCAAGCCCUUCCACCGCAAGCGGAAGUACCGCGGGAGCAUAUAACAGUGGAGCCGGCGUUGUAGCAGCAACUACCGGCCAAGGUAAGAAGCAAGAAUAUCCCGGUGCUGCCGCCAGAGAUCAACAUCGCGGCCCGAAUGGCGGAGCAGGCAAGAAGGGCGGCCAGGGCGAUAUUAACAGUGCAACAAGAGACAGCACCACCGGCAGCAAGAAGGAAGGCGGAGCCACUAGUAGUAAAGGUGGAGGAAGGAGGGACAGAAAUCGUGACGGGACUUCAAAAGGCAAUGGGAAAAAAGAGGGCCCGCCGCGGGAUGUUGAAAUGAUGGGCAAAAGAGAUAAUAGCACCACUAAAGAGUCCUCCACAAGACCAGGAGAAGCGGCACCCGCCGGUGGACCCCAGCAGAACAACGAGGGAGCGACAGCAACGCGAAAGGAGAGGAAAGGGAACGGAAAACACAAGAACCGAACUACGCCAAAAUCAGGUAGUAAUGGAGGCACUUCCACGAAAGGAGCGCCAUCAAAUCCAAACUAUCCUACUGAUGGGGAAGAUGUUAUCACGAUGAAAAGCAAUACCACCACCGCCGCCGCGAUGAAUUAUGGCAGCUCAACAGCGGCUGCGAUUGAAAUUACCAGUGCCACUUCCACUUUCAUCCCAAGCUCCGCUACCUCUACUAGCAACGCGGGAGACCACGUAACGCAAACGUCACCCGCUUCCUCCGGCGGUGCGACUUCGGUUACAGCUGCUGCAAACGGCGACAUCAGGAAGAAUUCUCGCACAAACUCCUCCGGUACUAUUGCAAACAAAGACGGAUCGACGUUUGUUGUUGUUCACACAGGAACAAAUAACGGCUACAACAACGAAUCGGAAUCACAGCAGCUCGACAGCACAAUAUAUCCCGAAAGCAAGGACGGCACUACCACCUCUGCAAAGAAAAAGAGGAAUCGAGACCGCGAAAAGGAAAAGGAGCGGAGGCUGCGCAAGAAAAAGGAACAGGAGGGCGGCAAUGGUAAUAACAUGGGAAGUGCAAGUGGCAAAGAUCCAGAAUCUUUUUCCGGAGCAACUGCAGGGAAUGGAAACAGCGCAAAUCGUGGCGGAACGUCAAAUUCAAAUACUGGAAGAAACAACAGAAACAAGAAGGACGAGUGGAAAAGCGCACCGAACAUUGACUUCGGGGAUCUCCCCACUUUGGGCGAAGCGAAAGCCCAGGGCUUCAAGUCGGUCCACCCUAGCGGAGCAGGUUCCGGACCACGUGUUUCCACGUUUUCGGCGACAGCGGUAGACCAGGUGGUGGUUGAAAUGAAAGAGGAAGGUGGAGAAGGGACGCAAGAACGUGCUCCAGCUCAGGGGGAUGAGAACAAGUCGGUGGCAGGCACAGCUCCUAUAGAGAAUGGUUCUCGAGUUGUACCAGAGGAACUUUCCGCGAAGGAACAUGGCGAAGGGAAAAGGAGUAAAUCUUCUUCCAAGGGCAGUGGAAAGAGGAAACACGGCGGAGAAGUAGAAAAGGUGGAGCCGAAGAUUCUAGGUAUGAUUGAAGAUAGAAUAGCUUGUUUAUAGUUGUUUCUUUGUUGCUUAGAACUAGAAGCUUCAGUUUCUCUUUCAACAGCCUGCUACUGCAGCUUUGGCUUUCUUUUUGAGUGUAGCCACGGACGACGUCGCCACAUCAGCACAAUGCUCUGAGCAGAUAGUACUCGGUUUGUGCUAGCUAUAGCUUUUCAUUGAAAUGAGGUGAUAUUGAAAUGAUGGUCGAUUUGAUAAUUUUCAAAAUUCAAUCACCGAACACCUACAACUAUGCAGCCACUCCCGGUAGUGCUUGGGCCAGCGGAGGCGUUUCCAAGUUGUUUAAGGCUGCAACUUCCGAAAUGAAGACCAGUCCAAGUACCGCGGUAAGUCAUCAGGCUAAGGUCGGCAGCGAGAACAUCAAAGGUGGCAAAAAGGGCGGGGGUCAGCUGCACAAGGCAUCAGCUGCGCCGCCCUCUGGAGGGCCGUUGGCGAAUGCGAAGGGUACGUACUUGUUACUGCAAACAGAAACAGUUACACUUUUUGCCUGCAUGUUGAAGUUUUCUGAGAGUAGUAUAAAGAUCCAUCCUUGUGAAGCUUUUCGACAGAGAUAGACCACCUGCACUUGAUGUCAUUGUUGUUUCCUUAUAAUUACAGGUGCGGUGCCGGGACCUUCCACAUCUACUUCACCCGCCUUGCCUACAAAUGCAGUAGUAGAAAAUCACCAGGAACUUUUGCAUUCCCGAACCGAGACGCCACGGAGUGCGACCGAUAUACAGAUUCCCAGCAGUGCAGCUUCCUCCAUCACGACCUCUGCAACGCUGACAGGCCAUCAAACUACUGACUUGUACAACGCAGGCGGAGUAGUAGGUGCGGCUUCCACAACAUCACAUAACACUCAACCGCAGUUCCGAAAUGACGCGAAGGUCGCACCUGCCACAGUGGCACCUGGUGCUGCCCCGACAAAAAUUACCGUACCAGCAAUGCAGACGAACGUUGCGGAUGCGGUUGCGAUAUUACAGCCGGCAGACGGGAAGCCGUUCGUGAAGAUGGGGGAGCAAGAGGACGACCAGCAGACGAGGCAGAACGUGAUGAGACAUCGAACGGAGGAGAACAGUAGAGAAGCUUUUCUUCAGAAAGAACAGUUGUCACAGGGUAAAUCUGCUGCGACUUUCGCAUCCGGUGUAGCUCCUGAGGAACCUGCAACAGUGCUGCCGAUUGCGGAGCAAAAGGCAGAGGUACUCUCUUAUAUCAUUUUUAGGCGGCGUAUUUAUAUAUACAUGUUUUUUUUUUUCUGGUGCUCGCCCUUGUUUUGGUGAAUCACCUCUUAUUUUCGGCAAGCUCAAAAUAAUGAUCAUCUGGGGAUACUAGCCUCCCUAGUAUAAGUAUUUGCGUCAAAUGCAAAUAAUAACAUAACAAAAACAGAUCCCCAUCCCGGUAGUUGACAACCAAGACCCCAACGGGGUUCCUUCCACUGCUCCCAACGGCACGUCGACCAGCGCCCCUGCAUUGCCAGAAACACCAACAACUCCCACGAGCGAAACCUCAAAACAGCCCCAGGAAGCACAGGAGUCCAAGGAAAACGAAGAAGAGGAGAAGAAGCCCGAGCCGCUACCGCCACCGAAGUCUUGGGCCGAUUUGACGAAGAGGAACAUUGACCCCCGAAAAUUGAACAGCAAGCUGCCCGGCGGCAUAGCCGUGCCGACCCAGAACGUGUCGUUGUUGGACUGUCUGGCCUGCGAGGCGGACAAGUUGCUACCCGAGAGUCACCCGAUGAAGCAGCAUCUGGACGACAACCCCGCGGGAUGGGCAAAGUAAAUUUGUUUUCCUUGUUGUGUCCGUACAUAUUAAGUAGUUACUGUAUGCGACGAAUGUUCAGCGGCACACUGUACCUGCUCUGGGUGCUCAAAAGUGAUAUCUUCAAAAUCACUCGGGACAACAACUACAGCACGCAGAUAAAAAUUCGCAUCAUCGACAAAACCCUAAACCUUGAAUACUUGUCCCCUCAUGAUGCAAAAAUAAACGUAAACCACAACAGGUUCCACGGCCUCUGCCAGCACGGAAUUCCCCUGAACGGUGCGUGUCACGAGUUUUUCAAGCGCGGGCUGGAAAACGUUCGCGGUACGAAUCAGUGCUAUGUUAAUUGCGUCUUCCAGAUGCUGCUGACCUGCAAACCCCUGGCGCGCAUCCUGAUCUCUUGCGGAGAAGGCGACGCCCAAAGACCCUAUUUCCAAGCCCUGCGCGAAGUUUUUAAAGAGUUCCACAAGCCACAAACGACCUCUGUCGGCUCCCACUACAACAACGCGGCUGACAACAACACGACGGCCGCAACGCCACACUCCAACGCAAGCAGCAUCAUUGCCGGGUUGGCGACACCGAACAACAAUAACGCUGCAAAUGUGUUGUUGAUGAACACGACGCCGAUGAACGGCACAACAGGAGGCGGUGGAGCUGGUACCACAACAGGAGCCUCUUCUGGCAUUAACCCAGCGACCACAUUUGCAGCGGCGGUGGGGACACCGACGCCCGCGAACGGAGCCGUUGCGGGAGGAAAUAUGAUGAUCAGAAGAUCUCCGAACAUGACCCCAUCCGCCAGUCCAGGGAGUGGACUAGUACAACACCAGCACGCUAACUUCGUCCCCAAAUUUCCGCAAAUCGGUGGAGGUGCUCCACACAGCAAUAAUAAAAUGAAUAUCGCGGAUCCCGCACAGCACAGCGGCAAACAACUGAUCAAUACGCCAAUGAACAAACCCGGCGCAUCUUCAACAUCUUCUGCACAGUACAGUGCUGCAGGCGGCACUACACCGGCGAACUUGUUCACCGGAGCGGGAGCAGGAGGUGGUACUACUAGUACAACAGUGAACCUGACAAACCCGGCGAAUUUUAGCACGGAGCCGGCGUCCUCGACCUCCUCCUCAUCCUCCACUGGUGGGAAAACACCUGCUACAUCUUCUUUUAUGCCCAACAAUAGUAUGCAAAGUCAGCAAAUAGGAACAAGCACGACCACAGGUGGAUCUUCGUCUUUUCUGAACGGAGCUAGUAACUACGCUCCAACAGGAUCCUCAUCAUCUUCAACAUCAGCGAACGGGGCCGCAGGAGCUGCGACGUCAACUACUACUGGCUCGUCGUCCAGUUCCACAGUUUAUCACCACCCGCAGGGCAACAGCGCGACCUCCUCAAGUAACACCACCUACACGCUCGCCUGCCCCGAGCAACUCUCCAGUACGGCGCAAGAGCGCCGGUUCCAGAUUGGGCAGCCCCACUUGGUACGCAGUACGCCGCUGAUGCGGGAUAUUCUUUUGAAGUUCAAGGAGCAACAGCAGACCGGCGUGGACGCGCAGCAAGACUGUUGCGAAUUUCUGUUGUAUCUUCUGCAGAACAUGCACGAGGAAAGCAAAUGGACGACGGUCGACGCGGACAUGAAAAAACGAAGGCAAUUCUGCAAGGAGGCACCCGCGGUUGUGACCAAAAUGAAGCCGGUGAAGGGGCUUCUGGGAGCAGCAGGAAAAGACAAGGCGAAUAACGAUAGUAGUCAAGCAGCAUCAAUAUCUUCAUCCGGAGAGCAACAUCACAUGGACAAGGGAGCAAGUGGUGGAAAAGGCGGCUUCAUGUCCUCAUCUGCAAAAGGAGACCAGCAACAGUUCUCCAUCGACCGCGAGCAAGCAGAUAACUCCCCGUCUGAAUGGAACGAGAUGGGCAAGGCCGGGCGAAAAGUGGAAAAGAGGGCCCAGGCGAUGCUUGAGGACAGUGUGAUUUACCGACUCUUUUCGCACACCGUGCAAACCCGAACACCGACACUGAUCACGGAAGAGCCUUUCCUGAUCAUGGAUCUCUUUUUGCCCGACGUGGCCGGAAGUAAUUUCUCAACGACAAGCGCGACACCAAAAGCGGCUCAGGGAGCCAGAUUGCAGGAGCUGGUACUGAGUUCUUGAAAGCAUUUGACUUUCCUGUAGGCAUUUGUGGUGUUUUUAGUCGUUUUUGCAUCGUGCAUAACGUAACUCCCGAUGGUAUGAUAAAUGUUCUUUUCGUACACGCAGAGCAGCACCGUGAGUAAAGUUUUGCACGAUGGUGUUGCUGACGGGGUGAGUCAGCUAAAAAACUAUGCUAAACCAUUUCCGUCGUGAGUAAUCUUCUACACGACGGUAGUAUAAUUGGUAAGUGCCACAAGUUCACGAAAACACAACAACAACAGAUAAAUUCCCAAAUCGACUCCACGGAGGAGAUUGUCACGAGCAACGACAGCAAAAUUAGAAAAACGGCGAAAGUGCAGAACCUCCCUCCUUACCUGGUGGUGAACCUGAAGCGCCACCGCUAUUGCGAAUUCAGCAACAAAACGCAGAAGCUGAGCCACAAAAUCCACUUCGGUUGCCAACUGAACAUCAACCAACAGCAAGAUAGCUCGGUCGAAGUGGCUGCCAACAACAUCUCGCAACAAACGCCACCGAAAAUGUUGAGCCACAUGCAGCAUCCAGGUACAACAAGUGCGACUUCUACCGGCAAAAACUACAGCUCGCAGAAACCUGCUCAGACGACACCAUUAUUCCCAGGGGCAACGACGACAACUUCUACACCGUCUCAAAUAAACAACUCGACGAGCUACGCGCUGUCCAGUUUCUUAUGCCAUCACGGGGAGCAUUCGGAUAGCGGGCAUUACAUCGCCUUUGCGCGUUACAACCACGACUGGUGGCGAUACGACGACUUGAGUGUCACGCGCGUGCCGAACAUCGACCAAGAACUGAAGUCGCCGAAGAUCUCCGAGUCGGCCUACGUUUUCCUCUACGAACAAAUUGCGCCCGGCCAAAACGUGCGGGUGCAUCCGUAAAAGGAUGACGAUCUUCACGUAUGUAGUUGGAUGAGGCAGCGUUGGAAGGCGGGUCGUGGCUUGAAGGUGUAGUAGAAUCGUGCAGGAACAAACUUGGUUCUUGUACCGAUGACGACCUCGCGCGCUCUCAUAAGUUACUAACCUGUACAACUACAGCAAGCGCUUUUCAGUCACGGUCUUGGUAUCAAGGAGUGUGGGGAAGCGACAGAUGCUCAGGAGAGGAAAAAAACGCUGCUGACACCGAUCGCGUACUCACAACUUUAUUUCUGCGCUUUGGUUUUAUUUCUCAUCGUAGUUCGUUACAACCAAUGCGAAGUACAAAAACAAACGCAAAGAAUACGUUGUCUAAAUGCACAAAUCAAACUGGCCUCUGAGUUGAAGAUUUUUCGUUAUAGAAUUAAUAGGAUGAACAUACCUGAUGAGUAACCGAGAAGCCGCCCUGUAUUUCGGUUCGCAUGGGUCAAGAGCUUCUUCUUCUUCUUCUAGGAGCCGCAUCCUGACCAUCAAAGCUCAUGCGACAGUAUUAUACAACUUACGGCGAGAGGACGAGCAACGAAUACGAACGAAGAAAAGCAGGUGGCUGACAAAAACACUAUUGAAGACAAAACUGUUUCUAGAUGAAUGCACACCGCGAAGGUAUAAAAAACGAACUUGAAUACCCAUUAUGUAUCUCUCUUUCUAUGAUGGCGACCAGUUGUAUCACUAUCGUAUGUUAAUGCACUAGAAUUUUCAAAGGCACAAUCUUUUCGCCGCCGAAAAUAGGAAGGUUUCCGAGGGACAAACCACGAGGAUAAAAGCGCUAAGGAGUUCAUCUACUGCACUUUGUUAUCCGCGCUUGGGUGACUGUGACUUAAACAAGGAAUGCACAUGGAGUUGUAGGAGCAUGCUUCGUGUUGUUUUCCUACUUCGCUUAUUCGGUUGUUAAUUUGUCUUCAUUUAUGUCGUUCGAAAUCAAUGUAAGCCCUCUUCUCGGUCGAGCGUUCACCCAGGAUGGUGUACUUAUCAUACUUUGUCUUGUAGUUUGUGAACUUCAGCCACUCCUUGUUAGGUCUUUCGUGGCUUUGAGAAGUUGUUCGUAUACUUUUUGUUACGUCAUGCCUCCUCUAGCGACAACAGGAAAUCUUCACGGAUUAUGAAUAUCAAUAUUGCGCACGGACAGGACACAAGACCAAGACUUCUUUUUUUGGUAGAAAAAAAACGCAACUACAUCCACUUUCAACCAUCUUUGAUGGUGGCGCUUCUGCGUGGUGCCUUCUAACUAGGAUAUUUUUCACAUUUUUUCAAAUGACAACGUACCUGCGGGUGAAUCUGAAGCCGAUAAACACUCACAAAGAACAAGAAGCACACAAAAAGAAAAUAAAAGGGCUAGCAGCCAAAACAUCAAAGCAUUGUGAUGGUUCUCCACUGCAGUGGGCAAGCUGCUCCCUCGCUGCACUGGAGAACCACGACAGUCGCUUUUUGCUUCAUCAGUCAGAAUCAAGCCGCCCUGCUGGUUUUGUAUGAUAUUAAUUUGCUGCCUUCUCUUGAUCGACGAGAAUGUCGAAAUGAAAUUCUGCUGCAACUGCUUUUGUGGCCUGAGUAUACCCUCACUGCUUCCCUUGCACCAGCAAGAAGACCAUACGAAGGAAAAGCACAGCGUCGAAGCUGAUUGACGAUGACGCACUGACACUGAGCAAGUAGAUUCAACUGGUGUAAGUACUUGUUUGCGUGCUGCGCAAACAAAAUUUACUGGACAGUUUGAUUUGCCAGUCUUGCGGAG